GGGGCUCAGAGUUGUGUUCAGGCUAGUCUCCAACAAAGUUCCUGUCAUGGCAGCAGCAGCGCGAACUUUCGUCCUGAUAAUUCUCCUGUCUGCGACUUUAGCAGAAGAUGAUAAACUCAGAUUCAAAGCAGCAACUAAACCAGUGCGACUGUUCACUGAGGAGGAGCUGAAGCGGUACGACGGCACCGAGGAGGGUCAGCCUAUUUACAUGGCAGUAAAGGGUGUGGUGUUUGAUGUCACUAAAGGAAAAGAGUUUUAUGGACACAAUGCUCCGUACAACGCCCUGGUUGGAAAAGACUGCACUCGAGCCGUGGCCAAGAUGUCCCUGGACCCUGCAGACCUGACAUCAGACACCGCGGGCCUCACAGAUGAGCAGCUGAAGUCUUUAAAUGAUAUCUUUGAAGGCACGUACAAAACCAAGUACCCUAUUGUGGGUUACACCGCCGCACGGAUCCUCAACCAAGACGGAAGUCCCAACGAACACUUCAAACCUGAAGACCAGCCUCAUUUUCAGAUCAAAGACGAGUUCUAGCUCCAUCUUCAUAAUCACAGCUGUUAAUACGCACACAAGUGGACCAAAGAAGUAUUUUUUUGUUGUUGUUGAACUCAGGUUUAUGUGAUUCUGUGUGAGCUGAGGGUCAAAUAUGUGCUAAACAUUGACGCUUGUUUGAAGACGUUUCUCACUCUGAUGGUUCUGUACUUGAAUCUUUGAGUUUUCACAUUUGGACAUUUUCUGAUGAUUUCCUGUGAGUCAGUGUUUGACAGACUGAGGCUGGAUGUGACGUAACAACAGGUUAAAUACAGUUGUGAACCUAUUCUGCUGGGUAUUUGUUUAACUCUGGUGUUUUCUGSUUUUCUCCAAAUACAAAUUGAAACAAAAGUUAAUUCAGUUUGUUUUGUCAGAAGAUGUCUGGCACAGGGUGUCAUCAAUGCUGCAGGUUUUGGUUUGUUUGAAAUGUUUCAUUAUUUUUGUCUUUUAGCAUUGUACAGUGUGUGGAGGAAACAAAACCUGUUUUAUUUUUGUUUUACAACAAAUGAAUUAUUUUUUUCUUAUCUAKUUAACAUUUAAUUCUUCCAGUUGUACAUUUUUUUAUUAAAACACUAAGUGCAUCAUUCAGUAAAAAAUCAGAUUAUUAUAAUUAAACAGUAAUUUUGACAUCA